ACUCCGCCGCCGACUUGUCCUUGGCCCCUCAUCCUCACAAUUGACCCUCCAACUUCUCCACUGACUUUCUCAACUGACCUGAAUUCCUACACCAACCAGCCAAGCUUCACUUGUCUAUACAUUUGCCAUGGCCGACCACGACGACCUCCACCCCGAGCAGACCGAGGGCUUCAAGGUCGGUGAGAAGAAGACGAUUGAUGAGUACCAGAAGCUAGACCAAAACGACGAGUCUCUGCAAAAGUGGAAGGCAUCCCUUGGUCUUGGUCAAGGCAAGGACAUCUCCGACCCCGACGAUCCCCGCAAAUGUAUCAUUCUCUCUCUUGGUCUCGAGGUUGAAGGUCGCGACGACAUCAUCAUCGACCUGCGGGCACCCGGCGCGCUUGAAGCUCUCGAGAAGAAGCCCUUUACCAUCAAGGAGGGUGCAAAGUUCCGCAUGAAGGCGCAAUUCAAGGUUCAGCAUGAGAUUCUUGCUGGUUUGAAGUACCUCCAAAAGGUCACGCGUAUGGGAGUCAGCGACAAGCUGCAGGAGAUGAUGGGCUCAUAUGGUCCUAGCACUGAAGAGAAGCCUUUCUACGAGAAGAAAUUCGAGCCUGAAACCGCGCCCUCUGGCAUGCUCGGCCGUGGCCACUACACAGCCGUCUCCAAGUUCGUCGACGAUGACAACCAGGUCCAUCUGCAGUUCAAGUGGUCUUUCGACAUCAAGAAGGACUGGCAAUAGGCGACUGGAUGAUGGUGGGUAUGGGGACGACCAUGUAGCGACAUGAGCAAGUUGGCAAUAUCUUUGAAUUGGAAAUGGUGGACAUUCCGGGUAGCUUGGGCUCCCACGAAGUAACGAAGCGACGGCUGACGGUCGAUGAUCUAGGAGGGCGAAUAGAGUCUGACCAGGUAUCGAUCUGGUCGCAUUGGGGGAUCAAAAAUUUCAGCACUUUUCACAUCCA